GCACGGAGGAAGGCAAGGUGUAAGCAAGGGAGUUGUCUUGUAAUGUGCCACCGGUUUAUACAUUUGUAGACAAGGCUACUGAAGGUCUAUUUGAUUGCGCCGCCUUGGGGACAGCGUGCUCCAACAUUAACCAAAUGGAAUGACCACCGCUCAUUCCCUCACAGAGAUUGCGCACACAUGCCAGAGGUGAGAAGGAACCAGUUGAGGCGAUGACAUCAUGCCUGUACGAGUGCCUGCGAGAGGUCGGGCUUCAGCGUCACUACCCUUGUUUUACCGCCAUGGGACUGAGACGCGCUGGACACCUGUCUUUGCUCACCAUGGGCGACUACUCGAGCGUGGGGGUCCACAGCAUGGGGGACCGUGCCCGGCUGUUCCAUCUGGUACAGCUGGUCAAGUCUCUGGAGGAAGAGGAAGACCAUGUGGGCCACGAUGACGAUAGAGUUGUGAAAACAAGAAAGACUUUCACUUCGGGCAGCAAAGUCCCCGCAUGCAGGCAGCUAGAUUUUGAUGGUGAUGGUAGGUCGAGCGAGCCCAAACGCGGAUGGCUCAGUGACUAUGACAGUCACAGGGGGGCUGGUGUCCACCCCUUCCCGAGCCCGAACACAGGGGUUAAACCCCAACCACGCUGCGACCUCAGCAGAGGGUCACCCAUACACAAAACCCAGAUCAGUGGGACGCCGAUGCAUAGCUGUCCUCACAAGCAGACUGUCAGACGGACCACAGUGCACAGGAGCAACAGCAAAGUGACCCAGCGUCAGGGCGUCUGCAUUUACAAGGAGGGGACGACCAUCGGCAGCGGGCCAAGACCUGAGGUGCGCCGGGAGUCGGAUGGGACAUCCAGGAGGACGGAUGGGACAUCCAGGAGGACGGAUGGGACAUCCAGGAGGACGGAUGGGACAUCCAGGAGGACGGAUGGGACAUCCAGGAGGACGGAUGAGCCCACAUACAUGUACACAUCGAGGAGAACUAUUGGCUGCAACUAUGGUCUGCCCCUGAGUAGCCCGGUGUCAACCAGAAAGGAGGCAGGUGAGCAGAGGAUCAGUGUGUGUGUGAGGAAGAGGCCCCUGACCAAUGCUGAGAACAGGAGAGGGGAGGCAGACGUGGUCACAGCCCAUGAUGGAGAUUCUGUGGUGGUCCAUGAGAGCAAAGAGGCAGUGGACCUGACCCAGUACAUACUCCAACACAGGUUUAAUUAUGAUGAGGUGUUCGGGGAAGAGAGCUCCAAUGUGGAUGUGUACCUGAAAACAGCCUUUCCACUGAUACAGCAUGUCCUCAACGGAGGCAAGGCCACUUGUUUUGCAUACGGCCAGACGGGAGCAGGGAAGACACACACCAUGCUGGGUUGUCCUCCUCAGAGACAGGGGCUAUACGCUCUGGCUGCCAGGGACAUAUUUACCCAGCUGCACUCCACCCAGGACUGUGGCAACUCUGCAGUCACAUCCCACGUCUAUGUCAAUGUCAGCUUCUUUGAGAUCUACUGUGGCCAGCUCUACGACUUGUUGGACCGUAGAAAACGCUUGUUUGCAAGGGAGGAUGGGCACCAAGUGGUUCAGAUAGCAGGGCUAAGAGAGGUCAAAGUGGAGUCUGUCAACUCAUUGCUAGAGGUGAUCUUGUGGGGUACAGGGGAGCGCACCCAGGGGGUAAGUGGAGUCAACCCUGUGUCGUCCCGCUCCCACGCUCUGCUCCAGAUACAGCUCAGAGACUCUGGCCAUCGGGCCACUGGCAGGAUGUCAUUUGUGGAUCUGGCUGGGAGUGAGAGAGCAGCAGACUCCAGAGACCCAGACAGACUGAGUCGCAUGGAGGGGGCAGAGAUCAACCAGAGUCUACUGGCACUGAAAGAAUGUAUCCGUUCUCUGGACCAAGAGCAGUCACACACACCGUUCAGACAGAGCAAGCUCACACAGGUUUUGAAGGACUCCUUUGUUGGUGAUUCAAAGACAUGUAUGAUUGCAAACGUUUCCCCCGGUCACCUAGCAACCAAACACACACUAAAUACGCUGAGAUACGCUGACCGGGUGAAGGAGCUGAGGGGGGGAGGGGGGAGAAGACGGCCCAUAGUCACCCCGUCCCCAUCCCCGGAACAUGAUCAGACUAGCAGCAUUGGUACUAGUGCCAGCAGGGGGAAAAGUCCCCCAAAAGGGGUGAAGUUGGGGGGACACAGGGAGGCCCAAAAUGUGACUGGCACCCCUGCUAGGAGGUUAGCCCCAGGGCGAGCUCUGCUCUGCUCCACACCAAAGGGCCAGGGGGCGGGGGAGGGCUUUGGGAGGGGGAGAGAAGACCUCUGUUUGGAGCACACCACACCUGACCAAUCUCAGUCGCCCAGUUCAAACAGUCCUCCUAACCGCCACACCCCAUGCCGUCUCAGCGGUUCAAGCAGUCCAGACGUUCCAAACGGUCUGUUAAAGCACGUUGGACCCCCAGCCACCCUCUCCUUCUCUACUCAGGAAGCCCUGGGGCAUGCCCAGUGGUGUGUUGUCCAGACCCAUUGGGAGCAGUUGAAGCAGAUAGAGUCUAUGUGUCGUAGAGAGGGGACAUUGCUGACUUUAGGGAGUUACGUUCAUAAACUGGAGGAGAUCACGGAGCAGAAGGCUGUGUGCGUUCGGAGCCUGAGAUCUCUGCUACAGCCCUACCUCACCCAACUGAAAAAUCCUUGUUGAAAACUAUUAGUCAUUUUCAAUUCAUGGAGUGAAUUUCAAUUUCUGUUUCUGAAUUGAAAGCUGAAUUGACCCCAAACCUGUCUGACGUACCUUAAGUUACACCAGGCAAAUAAUUUGUGUGGGUGUGGAGUGAACUUGUGUGGAGUGAGCUGUAUUUUUUAGCCUACAGGAACAAACACUUAUAGUCAGUACCUUCGUGAUUAAGGCACUGUACUACUUUAGCCUGUAUCACAAAUAAUGAGAUUCCCAUAGAGAAUGAUAGAGUCCUCUAGUGGCCAAAAGGCCAUAUUAGCAUGGACAGCACCAUUGAGGGCUUCCACCAUUAUAAUGUAGUCAACUGGGUGGGACUUCCAACUUCAUUGUCUAAUGCCUCCUGGUGACCCUGUUGGAGUCAUGUCCAACCCUGGUAAUCAGGAGGGAUCAGCCAAUUGUGAAGAAGAAAAUGUGCUACAUCAAAAUGGAGAUCGCCUCAAUGGUGCUGCCCAUGCUGUCACAGACGCUAUAAUGGCACAGAUACAAAGAUGAGUCCUCUAUCUCUAUGGAGAUUCCCAACCUCUGUCAUUUCAAGAAUUUUGCUACGAGUAACUUACCAUAAAAGGUUAUGGAAUCAUUAUAAUGUUGUACUUUGGUAGUUUAGGUAGUCUAUCCACAAGAGAUUAAAUAUACAUGGAAGAAAAAUCACUUUUUUAUGUGGUAGGCCUGUCCUCUGUGGUUGGUCUUUGAAAUGCAGGCGCAAAGAAAAUGUCUGCCAGUUGCUCAUCUGUCUUGCCAGCAGAUGGAGGUACUGUGUGUGAAAAUCCUAGUUUUCAGAGUAGAAAAUGUAUUGCACAAUUCACUCAAAAAGAAAAGUCACAUGCUUCGUAAAACAACCCGGUGUAGACUAAAAGUGAAAUGUUUACUUACAUGUCCUUUUCCAACAAUGCAGAGUUAAGAUAAAUAUAUCAAAUUGAUAUGACACAAGGCAUAAAUACACAGUGAAUAACAAAAAUCUUGAGUAAAAAUAGCACGGCUAUAUACAGGGAGUACCAGUACUGAGUUGAUGUGCAGGGGUAUGAGGUAAUUGAGAUAGCUAUGUACUUAUAGGUAGGGGUAAAGUGAACUAGUCAACAGGAUAGAUACUAGACCGUAGAGUAUAUGUUGAGUGUGAAAGUGUGUGUGUGUGUGGGCGUUUGUGGUGUCAGUGUAAGUAUGUGUGAGUGUCCAGUGUUUGUGCAUAAAAGGAUCAAUGCAGGUAGUCCGGGGGAGCCAUUUUAUUAGCUAUUUAGCAGUCUUGUUUAGCAAUCUUAUGGCUUGUGGGUAGAAGCUGUUCAGGGUUCUGUUGGUUCUAGACUUAGUGCGCUAAUACCGCUUACUGUGCGGUAGCAGAGAGAACCGUCUAUGGCUUGGGUGGCUGGAGUCUGACAAUAUUUUGGGCCUUUCUCUGACAACGCCUAGUAUAGAGGUCCUGGAUGGAAGGUAUCUCGGCCCCAGGGAUGUACCCCAGUGAUGCCGUACUUACCACCAAUGUUCCCUCAAAAAAAAAUUGUCACAGCGGAUUUCAAGUCUACUGAGAGCAAACUUUAACAUUGUGAAAAUUCUGUGCAACUUCCAGCAUGUGUUUACUGUGAACACUGAGGCUGUACCUGCUUUAUGUUACAGUUUUAACAGUGGCCAUGUAGGCUACUUGAUCAUAAUGUAGGCAUACCAGAGUGACCUACAAUCAAAAGCAAUGGCAUACCAUAACAUUUUAACGCGGAAAUAGCUGUUCUCAUUCAGCCUACAGUAGCAGCCAAAGUGUGGUGUUCAAUGUAGGCCUAAAUUCCAUGAAACCUUUGAAGAAAUUAUGCAGGGCUUGACAUUAACCUGUUAUCCACCUGUCCUUCCGUCUUGCGGUCAGCAAACUUGAUGAUGUUGGAGUUGUGCGUGGCCACACAGUCAUGGGUGAACAGGGAGUACAGGAGAGGACUAAGCACACACCCCUGAGGGGCUUCAUGUUGAUGGUAAGCAUGGCAGAUGUGUUGCUGCCUACCCUCACCGCCAGGGGGUGUCCCGUCAGGAAGUCCAGGAUCCAGUUGCAGUGGGAGAUGUUCAGUACCAGGGUCCUGAGCUUGGUGAUGAGCUUGGAAGGGACUAUGGUGUUAAAUGCUGAGCUAUAGUCAAUAAACAGCAUUCUUACAAAGGUAUUCCUUUUGUCCAGGUGGGUGAGGCCAGUGUGGAGUGUAAUAGAGACUGCGUCAUCUGUGGAUCUGUUGGGGCGGUAUGCGAAUUGGAGUGGGUCCAGGGUGUCUGGGAUGAUGGUGUUGUAAAUAUUUUCUUAUUUUUGAACUGCACUGUUGGUUAAGGGCUUGUAAGUAUGCAUUUCACGUUAAAGUCUACACUUGUAUUCAGCGCAUGUGGCAAAUAAAGUUUGAUUUGAUUUGACCAACCUUUCAAAGCAUUUCAUGGCUAUAAAUGUGAAUGCUACGGGGCAAGGGAUUUAGGCAGGUAACCUUGGCGUUAUUGGGCACGGGUACUAUGGUGGUCGGCUUGAAAAAGUUGGGUUUGCAGACCGGGUCAGGGAUAGGUUGAAAAUAUCAGUGAAGACACUUGUCAGCUGGUCAGUGUAAGAUCUAAGUACAUGUCCUGGUAUUCUGUCUGGCCCCGCGGCCUUGCGAAUGUUAUCCUGUUUAAAGGUCUUACUCACAUCGGCUAUGGAGAGCGAGAUCACACAUUCGUCUGGAACAGCUGGUGCUCUCAUGCAUGGUUCAGUGUUGCUUGCCUCAAAGCUAGCAUAGAAGGUAUUUAGCUCAUCUGGUAGGCUUGUGUCACUGGGCAGCUCGUGGCUGGGUUUCCCUUUGUAAUCCAUGAUAGUUUGCAAGUACUGCCACAUCUGUAGAACGUCAGAGCCGGCGUAGUAUAAUUAAAUCUUAGUCCUGUAUUGACGCCUUGCCUGUAAUCCAUGGCAUCUGGUUGGGGUAUGUACAGUGUCUUCAUACCCCUUUGCUUUUUCCACAUUCUGUUGUGUUACAGCCUGAAUUUAAAAUUGAUCAAAUUUAGAUUUUGUUGUCCCUGGCGUAACCACAAUACCCCAUAAUGUCAAAGUGGAAUUAUGUUUUUUUUUUUAUGUUUACAAAUGAAUGAAAAAUGAAAACCUGAAAUGUCUUGAGGCAAUAAGUAUUCAACCCCUUUGUUAUGGCAAGGCUAAAUAAGUUUAGGAGUGAAAAUGUGCUUAACAAGUCACAUAAUAACUUCAGCAAUAGGACAGAGGGCAUUGGCGGUCUAUUUCCUCGUCGACAAAGGCUCAUCGGGAUGCCCCCUCGCCUGCCUCUCUAUUGCAGCCGCCGCUCAGUAAAGACCAUCCGAGCCCCUGAUUUUACAUAUAGCGGCUAUUUAGAUUUUUCUUUCAAUUAUUGUUAUACACAUGUGUGGUCUACCUUAGUUGAAUGCACUGAUUGUAAGUCGCUCUGGGUAAGAGCACCUGCUAAAUGACUAAAUGUUUUAUCUAAAAUAUACUGCUUCACUUGUGUCCAGAGAAGACAGUGGGGUUGAAAUAAAAUGACUUUGUACCAUC